GUAAAAGAUUUUCUGUCCACUUCUCAAGAAGAAUUUGAACACAGCGGAGGCGUUUUUGCAGUAGCGGUCACUUAAAGACUCGGCAAACAUGGCAAAAGUACUGGCUAUAUGUAUGGUUUUGGUGGCUACAUUUGCUCUCAGUGCAGGAUUGUCAUGCAUGUCUUGCUCAUCUCCAUUAAGCACUAACAGUGCGUGCCAGGAGAACCCCACGUCAACCACCACAAUCAACUGCACCACUGGCUUUUGCAAGAAAACUUUUGUCGAAACAGACACCUUUGGAAUCAAAACCAAAUCUUGGACCAGAGAAUGUGGAUCUUCCGGUGCCUCUGCUGGCUGCAGCAAAGGUACUAUCUUAGGAAUUACCACCACUACUUGCCACUGCUCGACCGACAGCUGUAACGGAGCCACCAGCACCAGCCCGCUAGCCACUGUUCUUCUGGCUGUCAGCGCCUUUGUACCCAUCAUUCUUCAGUAUGGUCUGCACUAAUGUGACCAGCUAUCACAUAUCAUCACCUUUUGAUACAGAUGAAAAGAUGCAGCAACGUAAAAAAAGGAGGAGCGAAGACCGAACUAGAGUAUUUCUUUUUUCAAAUCCCUACGAAAUGCAGGCUCUUAUCGUCUCCAUACAGAAUGCAGACUAAAAACCGAACUCACCCAAUCAAAGUAUAUUAUCGUUCCUGUAAAUCUGGAAUGAUUGCUUUGAGGACAUUUUCGUUUUAUUCUCUUUUUUGACUAUGCACGCUGAUGCACAGAUCUCCAAAUGGAUACAAAACCCCAAACUAAGUGGUGUCAGUUCUAAGCUCAAACUAUGCAUGGCAUUUUCGUGUAUAUAUACAUGCCUAUCAUUGUGAUACAGUAAUAGUGUACAGGUAUAUUUUGUGAUCAAUGAGUAAUUUCCUUUAUUACAUAGUUAACGCAAUGUAGACCCUUUAUAUUAAUGAAUCCAGCAAUCUAUCUACUGUAUAUUGUCAUAUCUGUUUGAAAUAAAGUCCAGUCUGUGAUAUGGUUAA